GUCUGACUUGUAUCUGCAGCAACAGUUUUAUAUUAAUGAAUAUUAGUUUCACUGAGUAAUUCAGCCAGGAUGACAACCACACGGGUUUUACUUACGUUAUUGCUCAGUAUUGAAGGUUUCACCUUUCCCGAUCUUAGCUCAAUUUAUCGCCAGGAUUGGCCCCAAGGCGAUAUUGAGCAGAAAGUCCGGAGUCUGCAGGAGAUGGUAAACUCCUGGAAGCUAGGAAGAUGCUUGAUCUUCCCUGCUCUCUCCGUGUAUAGGGAAUGCCGUGCGCGCCCCAUCCGCCUCGAUUUCAAUCAGAAUGCAGAUUUAUGCCGUGUCCCCAAACGCUGCAGAAUGCAGCACUAUCCACUGAGCUUUCCGUAAACAGGUCGUUGGCUGUAUUACUUUCAAUGGGAAUGCUGGUCACUCGUUAACUAUACGUACUGCAGUGUCCCAGGAUGCAAGGAGAUGUUUUGCUCUGCAGAUUUUUUUUCUCUCUCUGCGGAGUGAGCGGAAAGCUGAGAGCGGGCCAAACGAUUUGAGCUAUGCAGCAGCGGCACGGAAAGUGAUCUUUCUAAAUUAAGUGCCAGGGCCUGGUUGUAACCAGUAGGGCGGGCAGACUAUAAAUUCACAACGCUGACGAACAGCAGGCUUUUGCUGGAUAGGAGUUGACUCCGGACGGCAGCAUCGCUCAACAUGCCUCGGAUAGACGCCGAUCUCAAACUCGACUUCAAGGAUGUUCUGGUGCGACCGAAAAGGAGCAGCUUGAAGAGCAGAUCCGAGGUGGAUCUCAGAAGAACCUUUACGUUCCGCAACUCCAAACAGACCUACACUGGAAUCCCACUUAUAGCAACUAACAUGGAUACAGUUGGUACAUUUGAAAUGGCUGAAGUUUUAAGUAAGUUUGCGAUGUUUACAGCCAUUCAUAAACACUACAUUCUAGAAGAUUGGAAGAAGUUUGCAGCAUCACAUCCUGAAUGUCUUGAGCACAUAGCUGUUAGCUCAGGCACUGGCCAGAAAGACUUGGACAAGCUUUACACAAUUCUGGAAACAAUCCCAGCCAUCAAAUUCAUCUGUCUGGAUGUUGCCAAUGGUUACUCAGAAUACUUUGUUGAAUCAGUUAAAACUGUCCGGGCUAAGUUUCCGAAACACACAAUUAUGGCUGGUAACGUGGUGACAGGGGAGAUGGUUGAAGAGCUUAUUUUAUCAGGAGCUGAUAUCAUCAAAGUGGGCAUCGGACCAGGUUCCGUGUGCACAACUCGGAUUAAAACAGGAGUUGGCUACCCUCAGCUGAGUGCAGUUAUUGAGUGUGCCGACUCUGCUCAUGGCCUUAAAGGACACAUCAUCUCUGACGGUGGUUGCAGUUGCCCAGGCGAUGUUGCCAAAGCCUUUGGUGCUGGAGCUGAUUUUGUAAUGCUAGGAGGAAUGUUCGCAGGACACGAUCAGUGUGCUGGAGAAAUCAUAGAGAGGAAUGGUAAAAAGAUGAAACUGUUCUACGGAAUGAGCUCUGAUACAGCCAUGAAGAAGCAUGUUGGAAGUGUGGCCGAAUACAGAGCUUCAGAAGGCAGAACAGUGGAGGUUCCUUACAAAGGAGAUGUGGAGAGUACAAUCCUUGAUAUUUUAGGGGGAUUACGCUCCACCUGCACCUAUGUGGGAGCUGCUAAACUGAAGGAACUGAGCCGGAGAACAACAUUCAUCCGCGUAACACAGCAGUUUAACCAAAUGUUUUCCUAGGGGCUUUUACAAUGGAAGAAACUGAAGAGUUCCACUCCUGCAGAGGUGUCUCAUUCUAAAGCUUUGGUGCAGUUCAAUAUAGUUUUCACUUUUGAUAGUACAAUAUUAUUUUGCUGUUUCCCUGGUUUGAAGCUCAUAAAAAAGAUGGACCCAUUGCCUCUAGGAUCUAAACUUACAGCUAGGUUUGCACUUUCUUUUCUGUAUUGUGAAACAAUUCUUUGCUGAAAGUGACAGCUCAAGAUGAAAAAUCAAUAACAAAUUAUUUUAAGUUAUUAAAAUUGAGGCAUUAUUGCCUCAUAUAGAACAAAACUCAGUUUUGUAUACACUGCUCAGGCGUAUUCAAUUUUUAAUGUUGUGAAACAAUAUAAUUUAUUUGAGGAAUUAAUUUAAUUAUACAAUACUGCUUAAAAAGCUGUGUAUAUUGUCUGCAAAUGUGGAAUGAAAAAUUAAAUACCUAAAACAAAUGGUUCACUUCAAAAA